AUUUCCGGCAACUUCGACGGCGGCAUGAGGCUCUAUGACCGCGUUCCUAGCACCUGCACGGGCAGCGAGGGCGGACAAAAGGACGCAGCCUUCAUCUUAGCCGACGGCGCCACGCUCAGCAACGUCAUUAUCGGAGCCGGUGCCGGAGAGGGGAUUCAGUGCCAGGGCAGCUGCAACCUCGUCAACGUCUGGUGGGACAAGGUUUGCGAAGACGGCGCCACCUUCCGCCAGAAGAGCGGUACCUCCACGGUCAAGGGCGGCGGCGCCCGCGACGCCCCCGAUAAGCUCUUCCAGCACAACGGCGGCGGCACGGUCGAGGUCUCUGACUUUUACGCAAAGAACGUUGGCCAGUUCUGGCGCUCGUGCGGUAACUGCAAGGAGCAGACCGCUCGCACUGCAAUCUUUAACAACAUCUACGUCGACGGCGGCAAGACGGUCGCUCACUACAACGGCAACCUCGGUGACAAGGUCACUAUUAAUGGCGCUUGCGUCAUUGGCGGUGCCACGGUGUGCAAGAACUCAAAGGGCGUCACUGGCGGUGGCGAGCCUGGUGAUGCGGCUGAUGAUCCGAAGAUCUGCGUGCAAACUGAUGUCAAGACAUCUGGCUGCUAA